AUGAACGGUGUCGAGUACGAGGCGUGGACGGAAGACAUGGAGGACGGCUACCUCGAGCAAUCAGAAGACGAAUUGGAAUGGAACAUCUUCACGUUUUUUAACGAGAAGGUGUUCGGAAGCGAAGCUGGUGCUCCGGACCAGCAGGAUCCUGACGCCGAUAUCUACCAAGAAGACUGCGAUGAGGAAGAUAAUGUUCGCGCACAGGUACUCAAGGCCCGGACGGCUCAACUCAAGGCACGUUGUGCGCAGCGCGAGAGCAGCGCUCCUAACUCAUCGCCCCAACAUGCCGAGGACGCACGGUCUCGUUCAUCCUCCGCGCAGAUUGUUGACCCCACUUCCGACUUCGUGGAUAUCGCUGGAGGUACACCGCCAUCCUCUCAAGAGUUGUCUGGGCUCUACACCGAAGCCGUCGUUUAG